UCACCAUUAGUUCUUCCAACGAACCAAGACCUUGAUACAUUCAGAAAUUUCCCAAUUUCUCUGAAAACAAACCAUUGCAGAGCCACGCCAUGGCACUCCACCUCUUCUACUUUCCCAAACAAUGCUUUUUGACCCAUAACUUGCCUGGACAUCCCAUGAAGAAACCACCCCGCGGCACUACUGCACAAAUUCGAUGUUCAGCGAAUGAACAAAGUUUCUCUCUAAUGACCGAGAGUCGACGAUCAGCGCAUUACCAGCCCGCCUUUUGGAGCUACGACUUUGUGGAGUCCUUGAAGAAGAGGGAGGAAAUAUGUGAUGGCAGCGUAAAGGAGCUGGAGAAAAUGUAUGAGGACAGAGCGAGGAAGCUGGAGGAUGAAGUGAAGUGGAUGAUCCAUGAGAAGAGUGCAGAGCCAUUGACACUUCUGGAAUUUAUUGAUGACAUUCAACGGUUAGGUUUAGGGCAUCGGUUUGAGAAUGAUAUAAAGAGAUCCCUUGAUAAAAUAUUACUAUUGGAAGGAUCUAAUGCAGGGAAGGGUGAGAGUCUUCAUCACACUGCUCUCAGAUUCAGGAUCCUCAAACAACAUGGCUACAAAGUCUCUCAAGAAGUGUUUGAGGGUUUUACAGACCAGAAUGGACACUUCAAGGCAUGCCUUUGCAAAGAUGUGAAAGGAAUGUUGAGUCUUUAUGAAGCUUCAUAUCUCGCUUCGGAAGGAGAAACCCUCCUACACGAGGCUAUGGCUUUCUUAAAGAUGCAUCUUAAAGACCUUGAGGGAACCUUGGACAAAAGCCUUGAAGAAUUAGUGAAUCAUGCCAUGGAGCUUCCAUUGCACCGCCGAAUGCCAAGAUUAGAAGCCAGAUGGUUUAUUGAAGCAUACAAGAGAAGGGAAGGUGCGGAUGAUGUUCUACUUGAACUCGCAAUUCUAGACUUCAAUAUGGUGCAAUGGACACUCCAAGACGAUCUUCAAGAUAUGUCGAGGUGGUGGAAAGACAUGGGCCUAGCAAGCAAGUUGCAUUUUGCUAGAGACAGGUUGAUGGAAUGCUUCUUUUGGACUGUGGGGAUGGCUUUCGAACCGGAAUUUAGCAAUUGCCGGAAAGGACUAACAAAAGUGACUUCAUUUAUAACUACCAUUGAUGAUGUAUAUGAUGUAUAUGGUUCAGUGGAUGAACUAGAGCUAUUUACAGAUGCCGUCGCAAGAUGGGAUAUCAAUAUGUGGGCUGACUUGUGCAAAGUAUUCUUAGUAGAAGCAAAAUGGUGCCACAAGGAAUACACCCCAACCUUUGAGGAGUAUCUAGAAAAUGGAUGGCGUUCGGUAUCAGGGGCUGCUAUACUAAUUCACGCCUACUUCUUAAUGAGUAAGAAUAUCACGAAGGAGGCACUGGAGUGCUUGGAGAACGACCAUGAACUCCUACGUUGGCCGUCUACUAUUUUUCGGCUUUGCAAUGACUUAGCUACUUCAAAAGCCGAGUUAGAGAGAGGUGAAAGUGCAAAUUCAAUCUCAUGUUACAUGCACCAAACUGGCGUCUCUGAGGAAGAUGCUCGUGAACACAUGAAAAUUUUGAUUGAUGAAAGCUGGAAGAAGAUGAAUAAAGUUCGAGAAAUGGAUUCUGAUUCUCCUUUUGCAAAACCCUUCGUGGAAACCGCUAUCAACCUUGCGCGAAUUGCCCAAUGUACAUACCAGUAUGGAGAUUCCCAUGGUGCUCCAGAUGCCAGAUCAAAGAAGCGGGUCCUGUCACUGAUAGUUGAGCCAAUCCCCAUGAAUCUGAAGAAAUAAAAGGGAGAAUUGUGUUUUCACCCCAAUUGGGGUGGAUAAUUAUGCUAAAGUCCUCCUAUCAUUUAUAAAUUUAUAAUUGAUUACAAGAAUAUGAUAUGAUAA